AUGGGUUCCAACAGGUCUAAACCAGAAGGUAGUGAGGAGCAGUCUGAUAAUGGAGUGGCGGGAAGAGAGGAGAGGUCUGACGGACCUGAACGUCGACAACAGGCUCCAGAACCAGAAGCCCCUCAACUUCGAGCAAACGCCAUCAAUGCCGAAUUUGGAAAUGUGGAACCACCAUCGCCGCAGCUGGCCGACACCAGCGAGUCAACACCCACCAGAUCGAGACCACUUUCUGCACCAAUAUCAGCAUCGCCCAUUGAUUUAUCUUUUGCAAAAAUAAAGGCGAAAAGUUCUUCAGAGAUAGGCGCGAGCAAUGCAGACGAGGCAUCCUGCUUUGAUGUCUACAGAAGACAAUUAUUUAACUUAGUGGAAAACGUUCAAAAAUCGUUUCCUGAAAAUUCGGAUGCUGAUAAAACAGCCGAAAAUAUUUCCGAGACCCGAGAGAAGACAGCAGAGAAAAAAGAUGAAGAACCGCAACUGCCGACCGAUCGACCGAAAGUUGAGAGCGACGUGCCAAAGUCUGAAAAAGAACCAUCACCAAAAGAAAUAAAAACUGCAAGGCAGUCGGCGACAGAAGCUCUUUGCGGCGUAAAAGAAGUCAAGGCGGUUGCUGCUAAAAUGUUCGGAAAGCAACUUCAAGCACAGGCAGAAUAUAUGAUGAGGUCUCUACAAGAAAAUUCGAAUAGUGAGAAUAAAAAAGAAGAGAAGCAAGAAAAAGAAGAGGACGAAGCCGAAAGCUCGAUUGAAACUUUCCGAAACGACGACGUGAAUGAAGCAGUCGAUUUGUCGGAGCACGAAACUACUGGCGACAUCAUGACAUGCGAAGUCAUCAGUGAAAUGAAAAGUUUGAAAGAAAUUAACGACGGCAGCAGCAGUAGCCAGGAUUUUGAAUUUGACAGGCCUCUACAGAAUGAACAUCUCACACAAAUUCAAAUAGUCAGAGAGCAACACAUCUAUUUGGAAGACCAUCAGUUAGAGAACAUCAUUGGACAAAAUUUAACUCGACCAUGCGAAAUUCUUAUAGCGGAAGAAAAAGUUGAACCUUUGCAAUGUGAAGAAGCCAAACCAGCAGUGAGUCAGAAUAAACAAGUUGAUGAACAGGUUGAUGAACAGGUUGAUGAACAGGUUGAGAAACAUGUUGCUGAACAAGUUGACGAACAAGUUGAUGAUAAACAAGUUGUUGAACACGUUGUUGAACAUGUUGUUGAACACGUUGUUGAACAGAUUGUUGAACAGAUUAAUGAAAAUGUUGAUGAACAAGUUAAUGAACGGGUUGACGAACGGGUUGUUGAAGAAGUUGAUGAUCAUGCUGAUGGACGAAGGCUUGAUAAACACAACAUUGAUGUCAAAUCAGAACGGCAAAAAACAGGCGAUAAAACAAAAGAAAACACAAACGAACGUGACGAACCAUCAUCUGAUGAACAAGCACACGAUGGAAAACAAAAUGAAAACGAACCACAACAACAACUUCACUCUGAACAGCCACACAAAUCUGACGAAAACAUCCUUGAAUCAAAACAGCAGACCGAACAAACAAACAAAGAUGAACAGAAAACACAGUGCUAA